AUGGAGCAAGGUUGCGUAGCCCACGAACUUCAUAACUCUGCACGCAAGUAUUAUCGUUCUCUCUGUCUUAGUUUUGCUCGUUGUCUUUCCUAUGUAGGGAAAAGUCUUGAGCCUUAUACCACUCAAAACCAAAUCAUUACUUUGGUAACUCAAACCGAUCAAAUUGUAAUUCUUCACCUUCCAAAUAAUCAAAAACGGACUUGUCGCAUCCAUCGAUUUCGUGAUGGGAUGUAUGUCGCCUACACUGGUCUCUUUCAAAAAGAACUUGUCAAUGUUAAACAGUUCCACUCUUAUCUCAAAAAUGCUUCUCAAAAAGUCGUUCCUAAAGAUAACUUUCAAGGUUUAGUCGCACCAACAGUUGUGGCUCAUAAAAUAGAAUUAAAUUAUAUCGACCCGUUAAAAGAAUAUUUGAAAGUAGUUUAUGAUGAAGAUCAAGAUGAAAUCAUGGACAUUUAUGUUGACAUAGAUGAACCUACAAUUUUAGAACCAACGUUUGAAGACGUCAUGACGUUAUGGAUUGCGGUUAUGAUUUGGGGUACUCAACUUAUAGUAGAUCGUCUUUUAUACAAGAAAUUUGCUUUUAAGAUUACUGGUAAAAUCUAUGGUUUAAUACAAUAG